AUGUCUGAGCCCUCUUUCGAACAGAAGGACACAGAGUCCGUCUCCUCAGUCGACAGCUUUGACCCAGCCCCAACUCUGGUCUCCAAGACAAUCACCAGAGAAGAAGCACUCGAACAUACCAGCGAGAACAUCAACAAGAUGGGCAAGUCAAAAUUCGUUGACAAACUCUUGAAGCCAGCGGUAUCGAAGUGGCUGGCCGAGCCCAUCCUUCGCGUUCUUCCUCCCGAGAUGAAGCACACCGUUCAUACCUGGUGCUUGAGUCACGACCCGAUGUGGUUUAACAAACUUUCCGAGUUCAUCGACGAAGAUAUCUCCGAAUGGGAGUAUACUGUUGAGGUAUCCAGCCGACGGAAGGACAUGGCCUUCUGUGGCAUGGGCGCGGACAUCCUUCGCUUCUACGUUGCAGAUCUGAAGCCCUUGCGUAAGGGACUUCCAGAGCCGGAGCGUCGAGAGGUUGUCAACAAAGUCCGUCGGGGAGUCGCCCUCUUCGCUGACUUUCAUGAUGAGAAGAUGAAAGCGAUGGAACGCGAGGCGCACGAGCUUGUGGAGCAGGAGCGAGAAUCGAUGGAGAUCGAGCGCAGCGCUUUCACCACUGCGUUUGAGCUGCAGAAUGAAGCCAUCGCUGACUAG